UAAUUCGGAUUUAUCAGCUUUAAUCCGAAUUAACCCUGCAACCGUCCACACAACGACGCUAUUUAUUUCGAUGUAAAGGGCCCUUUAAAUCGAUUUCUGUACUCCACCCCGACGAGCGGAGUAGUGCCAAAAUCGAUUUUAGCAAUUCGAAUUAGGGUUAGUGUGGCCGCAAUUCAAUGGUAUUGGCCUCCGGGAGCUAUCCCACAGUGCAGUGCAUCAUUGUGACCGCUCUGGACAGCAAUCUAAACUCGGAUGCACUGGCCAGGUAGACAGGAAAAGCCCCGCGAACAUUUGAAUUCCAUUUCCUGUUUGCCCAGCGUGGAGAGCACAGGUGACCACAGAUAGCUCAUCAGCACAGGUAACCAUGCAGGCUGAUAAUCGAAAAAGAGCACCAGCAUGGACCGUGAGGGAGAUACUGGAUCUGAUCGCUGUAUGGGGAGAGGAUUCAGUGCUUGCAGAACUUCGUUCUAAAAGACGAAAUGCAAAAACUUUUGAAAAAAUCUCCAAGGGCAUGAUGGAGAGAGGCCACAAUAGGGACUCAGAUCAGUGCCGCGUGAAAGUCAAGGAGCUCAGACAAGCCUAUCAAAAAACAAAGGAGGCAAACGGUCGCUCCGGGUCAGAGCCGCGGACAUGCCGCUUCUACGCCGAGCUGCAUGCAAUUCUAGGGGGGGCUGCCACCACUACCCCACCUGUGUUCGUGGAUUCUGGGUCGGGGAUAGUCUCAUCAGCGACGCCUGAGGAUUCUGCCGAUGGGGUAGAGGAGGAGGAGGAGGAGGAGGAGGAUGAGCUUGCAGAGAGCACACAGCACUCCAUUCUCCCCAACAGCCAGGAUCUUUUUAUCACCCUGACUGAAGUACCCUCCCAAGCCAGUACCCAAGACUCUGACCCCAUGGAAGGGACCUCAGCAGCUGCAAAUUCCUCAAGCCUCCCCCCUCCAUCCCGAAGGUUAUCACAGAUAAGGCGUCGUAAGAAGAAAACGCGAGACGAGAUAUUUUCUGAAAUUAUGGAAUCCAGCCGCAGUGACAGAGCUCAUGUGAAUGAGUGGAAGGAAACAGUUUCAAAGUAUAGGAAAGAAGUCAGUGAACGUGAGGACAGGAGGGACCAACGUGAGGAGAGGAGGGACCAACGUGAGGAGAGGAGAGACGCUCGAGAUGAGAGGUGGCGGCAGGAAGACCAGAGGAUGAAGGAUGCAACGCUGGGGCUGCUCCGGCGUCUGGUGGAGGUUCAGGAACGGCUGCUGGAAAACAGACUGCCGCUUCAGCCCCUGUUCCACCCUCCCCCCUCCCCAUGUUCCGUAUCCUCCUCACCCAGACGUGUAAGAACGCGGGGGGGGAGGCUCCGUACACCUUCCCAUUCCACCCCAGUAGACAGCCCAAGCAAAAGGCUGUCAUUUUUUUAAGCUUUUCUUUGUGGCUUUUUCCUUCCCAGCAAUCCUCCUCCCAAAUACCACCCGGGUUCCCUCCCUCGUUUUCUAAUCUAUUAAUAAAGAAUAAAUGAUUUUUAAAUGAUAGUGACUUUAUUUGGUUUGAAAGAAAGCUGGGGGAAGGGGCAGGGUGGGUUCCUUACAGAAAAUCAGUCAAUAAAGGGGGCGGGUUUUCAUGAAGGAGAA